CGACAACCAGGGGGGACAAUGUACGUGUUUCAGCUCUACGGGAAUACGUGCACUUAAAGUAGUCAAAAGAAAGUGGCCCGUCCGCACGGUAGGCAACCGUAGGGAAUUCCGCGAGGAAAACUUGCACCUGAAAAAAAUUGUAUAAGAUUUAAAUAUCUUUCGAGCGAGCGCACGUGUAAGUUUCAAAUAAGACGGGAAACUCCCAGGUAAAGCUAGGAAAGUAGAAAAUUUCAUGCUUCCUGUCUGCGCGGGGUUUCCUUCGCCCAUGCAUAAAAGAGCGGUUCUGCUGUGGCAUAGACCCAAGCGAAGGUUUCAGCUUGUGCGAAAGGAUAGGUUGCGUUGCCGCAACAAACGUUCUAGUUCACGAAUUUCUACUGCCAGAGAGAACGCAGUAGCUGUACUACAAUUUACACUUGAAAACUUUGAAAUGAAUUCGAACAGAAGCAAAGUUCUGAUUAUGGCAAUGUUUGGUAUUUUGAUAGCAAUCCUGCUUUCAAGGUGCGAAGUAAGCAACGCUGAAAGUAUAUCAACCAACAAAGAUGCCGAUUUGUCUUUUAUCAACACACUUGUCGAUCGCAGCCAGAGUGGCGUGACGCAGCAAGAGCAUGGCAGAGUUAAACGGGGAGUGAAUUACAGGGUGGUCAGGUUUUGCUUCCGACAUUUCUGCAGGAUCAAGAGCUGCAAGAAACUGCGAAAGAUCGAAAGAGGGAUGUGCGUAUUCUGCUUUCAGAGAGUGUGUCCAAGUUCACAUCUGCUCGGCUGAGUAACUACCAAGUCAUUUGUAACAGCUGCUUUUUUUGUGAUGCCGGCAGAAUGUCCAAUAUACUGUCACGCACUUUUAACGCGUAUAGCGAUACCGUAGACAACUCGGCAUCAUAAACGCCCCGUCGCAUGGUUUAUUAUGUGCUUUUGCGGCUUAUUAUUCCUUACCCUAACCUUUCAUUGUGUAUAUGUGACUGUUUUGUUCGGCGUGUGGUUCACUAUAUACCCCUUCCACUAAAGUCUUCAAUUUAUUAUUUCGUACAUAUUUAUUUUCUACACUCUUUUAACUAUACGUCACAAAAAAUGUCUCCUGAUUAGGAAAUGUAAACAACCUUUGAUUUCGCUGGAGACUUAAUAAAGUACAUUCCAAAACAG